UCUGUUAUUUCAGUCAUAGAAAAGACCUCACAGCGACAACAUGAGCAAGUUGACCCUAUAUGGUUUCGAUCCGAGUCCGCCAGUUCGUCCUGUCAAAUUAGCACUGGCCGCCCUGGAUAUACCCUACGAGUUCGUAGAAGUAAGCAUCCUAGCCAAGGAAAAUCUCUCUGAGGAGUACGUCAAGAAGAAUCCCCAACACACGGUACCUACUUUGGAAGUCGAUGGCCACUUCAUCUGGGAUUCACAUGCAAUCAUGGCCUAUCUGGUAUCCAAAUACGGCAAGACCGACAGUCUCUAUCCAAUGGAUCUUCUCCAUCGGGCUGUGGUGGAUCAGCGGAUGCAUUUCGAGACUGGCGUAAUGUAUGCCAAUGGACUAAGAACUAUUACUCAGCUCAUUUUUACUGGCACUCCCAAUGUACCCAAGGAGCGUUAUGAUGCUAUCAUUGAGAUCUACGACUUCCUAGAGACAUUCCUUGUGGGUAAUGAUUACAUGGCCGGGAAUCAGCUGACUAUAGCUGACUUUAGCAUCAUCUCCACUUUGACCUCCCUGAUGGCUUUUGUGGAACUAGAUACGGCUAAAUAUCCUAAGAUCUCUGCCUGGAUCAAGCGAAUGCAAGAGCUUCCAUACUACGAGGAGGCUAAUGGCAAUGGAGCCCGUACCUUUGGGUCUCUCGUCAAGAAGACUAAUUUUACAUUUUUAUCUUAGAACAUUGCUUGUAAUUUGAAAACAAUAUUUUAAAUGGGAUAUGAAAAGUAAAUAGUAGAUAGUAAAAUUCUCAAUUCUCGAUUGUUCAGUAGCUAAUUAGUAUGGUGAAAUAAAUUGCCAUGACCACUAAAA